AUGAACAGCUACAUAUUGAAUGAAAAUGAGAAGCUAAGGAAGAAAGCGCAGCUUCUCAACCAGGAAAAUCAGGCACUGUUGUUGGAACUUAAACAGAAGCUUUGUAAGGAAAACCCCAAAGGUUCAUUUGUUUUUUCACAGAGGCCUCCUACUUAUUGA